UUUUGCGUCCUUCACGAGCCUGCGCCCCUCUGCGUGUGAUUCUUCUCGACGUAUUUUCGAUGCAGCAUGGCGCUUGUUCGCAGUACGAUUUGACCGUCCCUAUGGAACCCGUGAUUCCUCUCUAGAUCACGGCUUCCCUGUGGCACACCAUGGACACAAGGAGGGCACGCACUUGGAGGAGAAGAUUGACAACGACAAAGAAAAAGUGAAUUAGCGCGAGCUGCUUCCAACCGCUCACUGACAGUCGAGGUCCUUCUGCUGCUUGGUACAUUAAUUUUCUCGGAAAUGUUACUCAGGAGGAAGUCAAUAGCCGACGAAGACGUGCUUAUUUCAGACAUGUCUAACAUAGACGAGCCUGAAGAGCACCCCGAUCAAGGACGAAGCGGAGAUUGUUCAUCGUUUUCUGGACGUUAUUAAUCAUGGCAAUAGUCAUUGGCAGCGGGCUUAUCUUUCAGUACUAUGCGUCAAGGUCGGAUCGCGAUGUAACCAAUGAACUCCCAAGCUUUCCUGGAGCCGGUGGAAAUACUGGCGAACAUAAGUCAAGCACAAAGGGAGAGGUACACGUACCGUCGCCAAACGAUGGAGGUGUGACUCCCAAUAUAAGUUCGACUACGACGACGACUACAACGACUACGACGACUACGACGACGACAACGACAACAACCACAACGAGAAAAAAUUUAAUAACGGUCUGCGACACCCCAGUCCGAGGGCCAACACGCUCCUUCAAGUCUCCAAACUACCCGAUGCCGUACGGGAAGGAUAUGUUGCAUACGUGGUGUAUUUUCUCGGACGAUGGUUGUCCUAUGACUCUGACAUUCCGAGACAUCCAGUUGGACGUGCAAGAGCAUAAGUGCCACGACGCCAUCUCUGUGUUCGACGGCGGUGAUCCCAACCGUGACAAGAUGAUUGGAACAGUAUGCGAAAACGUCACAAUUAAGCUCACAUCCAGCAAAGCGUGGGUGGUAUUCCAAACGGACAACCAGACGGAGAAACGGGGCUUCGAAGCCGAGUACGACACGCUGCCGUGCGACAAGCAUUUCCUCACCGCGACAACCGAUCCUCUUACUUUCACGUUGAAUAAGAAUAGAAAUAGCGAGUCCUGGGUCAUCGAGGCGACCAUGGGAAACGUCCACAUAGACUUCACCCGAUUCUCAUUGUCUCAAAGUGAACACUGCGGCAAAGAGAAAGUCAAGAUAUUUGACGGCGCUGACGAUAGGAAUAGGAUGCUCGGAGAACACUGCGGACAAGUUGAUAACCUUAAAUACACGUCGACCGACAAGUUCUUGUACGUUUCCUACUGCUCCGAAGGCACUAAAAAUGAGGGCCUCGGAUUCCUUGCAACCUAUUGUACGGUUGGAAUAAGAAAAUAAAAGCGUGCUGUUUGCUGCAGCGGGCUGUAUGCCGUAUGAACCAUGGCAAUGGCGGCACCCGCAAAGCGACAGCUACGCUAACAGAAAACAGUGGCAGAAGAAGCGAUUUUUGUUUAGUUGCACAGUUGCCCCAGAAUGCGCCCGGAUGUGCAUACUAGGCCUCAUGUCUCCAGCUAUCCUCUUUCUAUGCUCCUCCAAGCAACAGCUGCUCAGUGUUGCUCAGACGUAUUUCAGUUAUUU